CCAAUCAGUGAAGUUCUCGGUAAAGCACUGCCCAAAACAAACAUGGCGGCGUUCAGCGUCCUCCGAGCUGCGGCAGCGUUUGCCGCCAGGUUAAACCCUUUAAAACGUGCAAAUCAGUCCUCAGAUCUACUUUCCAGAGCAGUAGUGCGCUCAGAACAAGUGGCUGUCCGUUAUGGAAGUCAUGGAAAGAAAAUGUUUGUCAUCAAGCCCACUGACUUUUAUGACAGAAGAUUUCUCCAUUUGCUGAAAUUUUACAUCCUGCUCACUGGGAUUCCUAUUGCAGCGUUUGUGACGUUUGUAAACGUUUUCAUCGGUGAGGCGGAAUUGGCUGAAAUCCCAGAGGGCUAUGAGCCAGAGCAUUGGGAAUACUACAAGCAUCCCAUUACUCGAUGGAUUGCCCGGAAUAUUUACGACAGUCCAGUGAAGGAUUAUGAGAAAAUGAUGGCACUUAUCCAAAUUGAGAGUGAGAAGGCUGAACUGAGAAAAAAGCAGCUUGAGGUUCGGAAGCACAUGAGGGCAAAAGGAGAUGGACCCUGGUUUUAUAUCGACACAGUUGAUAAGAACCUUAUUGACCAGAGUCCUAAAGCAACACCUGACAAUUAAAGCCUGGGGUGGACAUCUGAUAGCCACCACCUGAACCUGAACUAUUGUCAUUAUACAAUGUAUAAUGGAUACUGAUAUUUGUGCAGAUAUAUUUGUGUUCUUUUGCUGCUCACACCAAUAAAGUGUAGAAGCCAAA